AUGUCACAGAAGGUCCAGGAGGGCCAAAUCAAAGUUGUCGUUCGUGUUCGACCUUUGAUUCCUCGCGAAAAGGCAGAAAAUGCUGUUGUGUACUGGACAUGUGGAUCACAAACUAUUCGGCAGCAGCAUCCACUCACAGGCCAUGUGUCACAACCCUUCUUCUUCGACCAUGUGUUCGGCAUGGAGGCCACUACGGCAGAUAUCUAUGAAAGCGUUGGUGCUCCAAUUAUCGCUGACUUCAUGAAGGGCUUCAACGGGACCAUUUUUGCCUAUGGGCAAACAUCAAGCGGUAAGACGUAUACGAUGAAUGGUUGCCCUGAUGCCCCUGGAUUCCUUAGAAUGGUUGUGAACCAAAUAUUUGACACCAUCGAAGAAUCACCGCUGAGCGAAUUCGUCCUACGGUAUAUUUUUGUUGAUAAUGUACCUCAUCUGAUACUUAAUCGGGAUUCUUUUUCCUACAGGGUUUCAUACAUGGAAAUAUACCGAGAGAACGUGUAUGAUCUUCUGAAGAAUGCUCAAGUCCCUCUCAAGGUAGCCGAGAACGAAAGCAAUGAAGUUAUUGUGAAAAAUCUCGAAGAACUUAAUUGCCGACAUCCAGAUGAAAUUUUUAGCCUCCUGCGUCGUGGCGAGCAGAAUCGCACGUAUGGAGAAACCGAGAUGAACGAAAGAAGCUCAAGAUCUCACACAAUCUUCCGGAUCAUCGUGGAAAGUAACAAGGCUUCUGUGGAUGAAGACGAGGUUGUGAAUGUUUCACAAUUGAAUUUAGUGGAUCUUGCUGGAAGUGAGAAAGCGUCACAGACUGGUGCGCAAGGAGAUAGGUUUAAAGAAGGCUGCAAUAUUAAUCGUUCCUUGUCAACUUUGGCGCUCGUAAUCAAGCAGCUUUCUGAAAGUAGCCCAUUUGUCAACUACCGUGACUGCAAGUUGACACGAAUACUUCAAAAUUCCCUCGGUGGGAAUUCCUUGACUGCCAUAAUCUGUGCCGUCACUCCUGCUGCAGUUACGGAAACAUUUUCGACUUUACAGUUCGCGAGUUUGGCUAAGAAGAUCAGAAACAAGGCGCUAGUCAAUGAAGUGGUGACGGAUGAGGCACAGUUGAAGCGACAAAAAAAAGAAAUCGCUUUCUUGCAAAAGCGUAUUGCAGAAAUGCAGCAGCAGUCGCAAGCUAAAGAAGUGGAGAAAGCUCGAGAGGAAAAUGACGCGUUGAAGGAGAAGCUGAAGAAACUUCAAGAACUUGUGAUUUGUUCUGCUCAUUCUCCUCUUAGAGAAAGACCUCCAGUAAUGUCAUAUUUUUCCAAGUUUUUUGAAAUUUUUCUGAGUUCAUAUCUUCAUUUAUCAGGUGACGAAGAGGACAGCAAGACGCCAUACAAUGGCGAUCCCAUGUUUGGAUCGGGUGGUGAUAACCUGAAUUCGGCGUCUCCACUUCUGCCGAAACGAGUGGAGAAUCUUAGAAACUUUACGCCCGUCAAGAACGGUCCUGGUGGCGACUCGACGCCAAAUUUUCACACGCCUCGUCAGGAACUGCGUGAAACAAACCUUCGUCUUCGUACCGAAAACCUCAAGCUAUCUUUGAAUCAAGAAUAUCUGUCAGAGAGACUUCGUGAACUUGAAAUCGAGCGCAAAAAUGAAGAAGAACUCGCGGAAGAAGCCGUUUCUCUUGAAGCUCGUGUUGCUGAACUUCAGAAUGAAAAGAACGACGCUGUCAAGUCAAUCAAGGCUCAAAUAGUCACAUUCUUGCAACACAGUGACCUAGACAAGGAAAACAUUCCCGUUGGUUUUCAGCAUGUCAUGAAUCGCCUGCGGAAGUUUCUCGACUCCGACACGAGUGAUCUGGAGAACCCUGGUGUGUCUAGUCUGAACGCGUCGAUGGAUCUUUUAUCUGUGUGUGAACCACCUCAGAAGCUGUCAACCCCUUUGAAACCCGUAUCACCCAGCUUUAGCAAAAAGAUGUCGCAGCUUCUCUCAGAACGGGAAGAAUUGAUUCAGAUUACGGAAGCUCUAGAAAAAAUGCUGAAAGCAGAGACGCAAAAGGCUCAAACUCUUGAACAGGGAAAUUCUCGGCUUGUAUCUCGCCUGCAGGCCUUGGAAGAAAGCCAUAAAUUUUUAGAAGAACACAUGAUCAAACUCGAGAAUGACAAGAAAGCAAUGCGGGAUUGCCUCGAUAAAGAACGUAACCAGGUAUCGUCGAAACACUUGCAGUCAUUUCAAGAAAUGUUCACGCAAGCCUCACAGAUGAUCACGAGGGAAGAAAUCACGAUUAACUCGAAGCUAUCGAAACUGGAAGAAGAUUUUUCCGCUUGUGAGCAAAAGACACGCGCCUUUUGUGAGCAAAAAAACCUGACUCUCAGUCUCGAAGAUAAAAUCAAAGCUCUUCAGUCCGACCUGGAAGAAUCAACGCGUCGUGAGCAACUCUGGAAACGAACUUGCGGAGACAUUUUCCUUCAAAGUCAGAAAAUGGCAGAAGAUUUCGAGUCUCGCCUCGCGAAGGAAGAGGAACGUGUAACAAAUUUAACGCAGAACAUUUCUGGAAAGAGUUCAAGCAUCAGGAAACUUGUUCAGGAGCGUUCCUUGGCUCAGGAUACCGCGGAAAGUCUGAAAAGCAGGAAUGAAAAUCUUCUCGCUGACGUCGACAGUCUGAAAUGCAACAACGAAAUUCUUCUUGCUGAUAUCGAAAGUCUCAGAAGAAAUAAUGAAAUGCUUCUCGCUGAUAUGGGAAAUCAAAAAAGUUGCGAUGGCAGGCUUCUUGCUGAUGUGGAAAAUCUUAAAAGCAAGAAUGAAAUUCUUAUUGCUGAAGUUGAAAGUAUGAAAAGCAACAAUGAAAUGCUUCUCGCCGAUGUAGAAAGUCGGAAGAAUGAAAAUCAAAUGCUCCUCGAGGAUAUGAAAAGUCUGAAAAGCAACAACCAAAUGCUUCUAGCCGAUAUAGAAAGUGGGAAGAAUGAAAAUCAAACGCUUUUCGAAGAUAUGGAAAGUCUGAAAAGGAGCAACGAAAUGCUUCUUGCCGAUUUGGAAAGUCGAAAAAAUAACAAUGAAUCGCUACUCGCUGACUUGGAAAGUCGAAAAAAUGAAAAUGAAUUGCUUCUCGCUGACGUGGAAAGUCUAAAAAACAAUAACGAAAUUCUUCUUGAAGAUGUGAAAAGUCUGAAAAGCAACAAUGAAAUGCUUCUUGCUGAUUUGGAAAGUCUAAAAAGCAGCAACCAAAUGCUUCUUGCGGAUGCCGAAAUUCGGACAAAUGACAAUGAAUUACUUCUUGCUGACGUGGAAAAUCUGAAAAGCAGCAACGAAGUGCUUCUCGCGGAUGUAGAAAGUCAAAAGAAUGACAAUCAAAUGCUUCUGGAAGAUUUAAAAAGUCUGCAAAGCAAGAAUGAAGUGCUUCUUGCAGAUGUGGAAAAUCUGAAUAUCAGCAAUGAAAUGCUUCUUGCCACUGUGGAAGCUCGAAAGAAUGACAACGAAGUGCUUCUCGCGAAUGCGGAAAUUCUGAAAAGCAAGAAUGAGAUGCUUAUUGCUGACGUGAAGAGUCUAAAAGAACGUCUGGAGUCCGAGAAAGAACAAAACAUUGUUGUCAAGGAAGCACUGCCGGUUUUCGCUGAUUCUUCGUCCGCCAAGGAAAUCUUGGGAGAGAGCACUUUGAAUUACUCCGAAAGUCACGUCCUUCUUGAAACUCAAACUAAAGAACCUGCUCAGCAGGCAGACGGUAAUGAUGGAUACUUCACACCCGAAGAAGAGGAAGAUGUCAAUUUUGACCAGGUUCUCGAAGAACCAUCGAAAGAUCCCUUACACAUAUCCAAAGCAAGUGCAUUUUUGCUUGGGAACACACUUGCUGCUGGAGAAGUGAGUUUCUUGAGUAUCGCGGAAAGUACAAGAUUCGAGGCUAAAACUGCAACUGAGCGAAUUAACAUGGAGGAAGAGUUGGCGGGGAAGUUGAGGACUGUGAGUGAACAAUUGGAAAAAGCCAUAGAGGAGAAACGAGGGCUUGAAGAUGCUCUGGACGAUGCUGAAGAAAGGUGUGAAUCGUAUUUCAAGGAAAUUCAGACGCUGAGGGUGCAUUUGCUGGCUUCCAACGACGGGGGUCUGGCACCAGUGGAGUCGAAUACAGCGGGUGUCCAGACAUCUGUGCUGGAAACUCCGCUGAAAAAACAGGACGCUUCUUUUAAUCGUCGUAGAAGCUGUAUUGCCGCCUUGAAUGACACCAUCUCUGCGCUUAAUAAAACCGCUGCUGUCGCUGGCAUUCCUGGCGUAUCUGUGCUGGAUUUAGAAGAGAAUCUAGCUUUUACGGAAGUGAUCGCGUCUAUGAAAAACGAGCUGCUGGAACUGCAGAGUCGUUUGGAGAAGGACGUUGAGCUUCGUGAGGAGAUGGAGAUGCUCAGAAACCAACUGGCUGUGAAAACUGUGGAGGUGCAAGCGGUCAUACGGGGAAACCUGGAAGUCACUGUGAAGCCUGACGAGACGACGAAACUUUUUGAGUACGACACUGUGCGGGAAACGGAGUCGGCAGAGGUUGUGUGGAGGAUGCAGGAGGACGUGACUGGCGCGUGGUUUGGAGACCAUGUUAUGGCACGAUUUGCGAGCCAGCUUGCUACCCUCAAGGCCCAUGUCGAGGAUGCCUUCAAUAAACAACGGGAUGCCGAAUUUGAUCGACUUACGAACAUCAUUUCAAAAGAAAAUGCCAAGUUGGAAGCAUCUGCAAAUUCUUACCUCAAGCAAGUGGGUGAAGAAAAAGAGGACUUAGUCAAAGCCCUUGGUGCUGCAGAGGCAAAAAACAGCGCCUUGGUUGCCAAGUUUGAAGAAGAAAGAAGAGAACUCGCCCUGAAAACGAAGACUGAGAUUGAGCAAUUUUUACCGAAAAUUAAGAGCUGCUACGAAACAGAGAUCCGAGAACUCUUGGAGCAAGAAUGGGCCGUAAAGCUUGCAGCGAGCGAGAAGAAAAUAAUUGCUUUACAGCAAGCAAUAGAUUCCUCAAAUAACGAACUUUCGUCAUUACAUUCUAUGGAUCAAACAGCCGUGAAGAACCUUCAGGCCGAACUCGCAUCGCUCCAGGAACACCUAGAGAUCACUAAUAAAUCCCUGAAAGAAGCCGAGGAAAAGUGCUUGCUGUUAACCAAUGAUAAGAGUCAUUACAGAGAAUCUUUAGCUACUGCAGAAUCCAUUCGAACGCAGUUGGAAACCGACUUGUUGUCAGCAAACGAGGCCAGGGAGAAGACUGAAAAUCGACUGGCUGAGAUUGAGCAUUUGCUGAAAAAUGAACGUGACCUGGUUGAGAAACUGCUAGCAAAAUUGGAUCAGUCCGAAGCGAAAAUUUCCACUGCGGAAUGGAGAGAAUCUGAGAUCAAACAGCAAUACAAAACUCUCAAGGAUGAGAUCCUCGCCGAGCGAGAGCAGAAUGAGGUGGCCUGUAAAGAAAUGCAAAUACAUUUCGCGGAAAAAUCUGCCGAGCUGGAAAGUCUUCGCCAAGAAGCUGAGGCGCGGAAAGCGGAACUCCUCGUACGUCGGGAGGAAGAUCAAGAAGCCUGUGCUGUCAUGUUGAGCCAGACCGUGGCUGCAAGAACCGAAGAAGUCAGUCGUCUCACCGAACUUCUUAUAAAACAAAAGAAAGAAUCCACCGACGAAAUCGCUGCCCUUGAGACGAAAAACGCUCAUCUCAAAGAACGAUGCGCUUCUUUGGAAACCCAGGGUGUGGAGCUCGACGAGAUACAAAAGAGACUUGAACUGUCUCUGAUUCAACUUCAACACAAAAUUGAGGAAUUGACUGACAGCAAUGUGCAGUACAAAACUUCUUUGGCUGCUUCGGAAACGAAAUUCGAGGCCCUGAAGACGGAUCUCUUCCAUCUUCGCCAAGAAGCUGAGGCGCGGAAAGCGGAACUCCUCGUACGUCGGGAGGAAGAUCAAGAAGCCUGUGCUGUCAUGUUGAGCCAGACCGUGGCUGCAAGAACCGAAGAAGUCAGUCGUCUCACCGAACUUCUUAUAAAACAAAAGAAAGAAUCCACCGACGAAAUCGCUGCCCUUGAGACGAAAAACGCUCAUCUCAAAGAACGAUGCGCUUCUUUGGAAACCCAGGGUGUGGAGCUCGACGAGAUACAAAAGAGACUUGAACUGUCUCUGAUUCAACUUCAACACAAAAUUGAGGAAUUGACUGACAGCAAUGUGCAGUACAAAACUUCUUUGGCUGCUUCGGAAACGAAAUUCGAGGCCCUGAAGACGGAUCUCUUCCAGUUGGAACUUCGUCUCGCCGAGUCAACCCGUUUGGCACAGGAAAUCCAGUUGAAUCUGGACGAAGAAGUCACGCGGAACCAAGAUCUUCAGGCUCUCCUUUCUUCCAGAGAAGACCAGAUGGCAUCGCUUGAGCUGAAAGUGGAAGCAGCCUGCUCGGAAGAAGUCAACCUGCGACAGCAGCUUGAAGAAAAGACCGAAGAAAUCAGCAUUAUGAAAAAUCUUGUGGAGUCGACGUUCAGGGCGCGAGGGGAAUUGGACGAAGAACUGAGCCAAUUACAAGCUAUUUAUUCCGAUCUUCAAGCGCGUUUUGAAGCUCGUGAAGAAAUGCUUGCGUUGAAAGAACAAGAAACUGCUGAACUCAAAAAUCAAAUUAUGGAACUACAGCAAAAUAUUGACAAAUUGGUUGAAGAUUUGCGCAAGUCUGAGAGUUUGAAAGAAGAAGCCAUGUCCAAGGAAGCUGCUGUGUUGAAGGCGUCCGUCAAAGAUAUCAUGGCAUUAAAAGAAGAAAAGCGACUUCUUGUCGGUUCCUUGGAAGAAAAGAUUGAAAUUGCGGAGAAGGCGACGGAACUUGCUAAGAGAUUUGAGCAGGAGCGUGAAAGUCUCAUCGUGGAGCUCAGGCAGAAAGAGCAACGCGUGAAAGAAUUGGACGCCGAAUGCGACGAGUUGGACAAUGAUUUGCAAAAGGCAAAUGAAGUCAGAAAAGUAUUGGCCAUAUCCGAAACUGCUUUACAAAAAACUGUAAAGGAGUUUGAACUUGAUAAGAAAGCUCUGGAAAACACUGUCGUGGAUCUAAAGGCUGAGAUUGCGCGGCUGGAAGCAAGAGUGAAAGAGUUGGAUGAAGAGUGCGACCGUAUCGACAACGAUUUGCAAGCUGCGAAUGAAGACCGAAAGCAGAAAGCGUUGGAGCUAGCUGGGCUCAAGUGUCAUGCUGAAGAAAGAUUGAAAGAGCCAGAACGAUUGAAAGACCUGGAACAGAAGCUUGAAAAUUUUCGGGCUGAAAAUCGGUCGCUUUAUCGCAAGAUCUCCACCUUACAGGCUGCCAACGAACGUCAGGGCAUUUCGGCUGGUGGUGGCCGAGCUGAAUGGAAGGCAUUACAGGACGAGAAUGAGCGACUUCGAAUGGAGCUUGUGAAAAAGAACCGAAACCUGAGAUCUGCGGAGACUGAACUUGAAAAUGUCCGUGCAGGUCGGGUCAGCGGUGUCACGAGUAGUGCUGCCUGGUCAGUUUUCCUGAGGCUUUCACCUUCCGACGCCACGUCCGACUUGACGUGGUCAGUCUGCGACAUCCUUUAUGUUCUCUGA